AUGUCCGUCAUCGACACUACCAAGGACCUUUCGGCACUUUUCACGAAACAGGUCCAUGCUACCCCGGAUCUGAUUGCGUUGGAAGACGACAAUCAUACAUACACUUACCAAGAGCUCCACGACAAAGUCGCUGCCCUCGCCGAACGGCUGCGGGGCCAUGGCGUCGGCCGUGACAGCUUGGUUGGUGUCCUGUUGCCGCGAUCCGCCGACUAUGUAAUCGCCUGUCUAGCAGCACUACGGGCCGGUGGUGCAUUUUUGGUCCUGGAACUGGCCUAUCCUCCCGAUCUCCUUGCGGACGUUCUCGAGGAUGCUCAGCCGACUCUCGUGGUUACUAUCAGCGCCGAAGUUGGCAAGAUCAAGGGAAGCACCCCGCUUGUUGUUCUGGAUGAAACCAGCUCAACUACGAACGGCCUGCUAGAUGAGUCUGAGCUGAAGCCACUGCCCGAGGACACCGAUUUGGACCGCUUGGCAUUUGUUGCAUACUCCAGUGGAACGACCGGUAAGCCGAAAGGCAUCGCGAAUCCACAUCGAGCAGCAGUUCUCUCAUAUAACCUUCGCUUCGGGCUUUCGGACGUACAACCAGGCGAUCGAGUAGCCUGCAAUGUCUUUUUCGUGUGGGAAAUUCUACGCCCGCUGCUGCGAGGUGCAACAGUUGUUGCUGUACCGGACGAAGCAAGCUAUGACCCGCGCAUGCUUGUCGAUUUGCUUGCCUCGAAGAAGAUCACCGAAACUCUCUUCACACCAACACUUUUCUCUGCCGUUCUUGCUCGUCACCAAGCGCUGGAGACGCGUCUGCCGAACCUGAAGACUGUUUGGCUAAACGGCGAAGUUGUGACCACCGACCUUGCACGUCGUGGUAUCAAAGCUUUACCCAAUACUCGCCUACUCAAUGUAUACAGCGCAUGUGAGACACACGAGAUUGCUUCUGGAGAUAUCAAGGAUAUGCUUGAGAAGCUGGAUAAGGAUGCCGCCUACUGUCCUGUGGGACCUCCCCUCAUCGAUAGGAAAUACAUCUAUAUCGUGGACGAGAGUGGCCAGAAAGUGGAUGAAGGAGAGAACGGAGAGCUUUGCGUAGGUGGGCAUUUGCUUGCUCGAGGAUACCUAAAUCGCCCGGAGACUACCGCCAAGGCUUUCAUUCGGAAUCAGUACAGCUCGAAGAUCGGUGCUCGCAUGUACAGGACUGGUGACAAAGCACGCCUCUUAUCGAAUGGGUUGCUCGAGAUUACUGGCCGUGUUGGCGCUAUGAUCAAAAUCCGCGGAUACUCUGUGGUACCUGGAAAGGUCGAGAGCGCAAUCCUCAACCACUUAGCUGUCAGCCAUUGCGCUGUAGUACCCUUCGGGGAAGGCAUUGACAGACAACUGGUUGCAUACAUUGUGAGGGACAAGGAUACGUCUACAGAGCGUCCAGAAGUUGAGAUCGACCGAACCGGCCGCAGCUCGACUGCCAGACGUAUGUUGAUGGCAUAUCUCGCCCACUAUAUGAUACCCGCACUUUGGGUGGAGAUGGAUAGCCUUCCAACAAGCGACGUAUCUGGGAAGGUUAAUCUCAAAGCUCUUCCUCCUCCCAGGCCUGCAUCUCCUACUGGAAGCGCACGAAAAUUCGAGCAGAGCCCCAUCUCCAUCGAGCAGAUUACGGAAAUCUGGGCAUCUAUAUUGAGCAUCAGCCCAAGCUCCAUUACCCCCGAAUACAACUUCUUCGAUCUAGGUGGUCACUCACUGCUACUUGCCGACCUGGCUGCGCGCUUAUCAAACACAUUCGGAUUUAGGGUACCAGUGGCACGCCUCGCUACUCCAGCAACGCUUAAUGGCCAUCUGGACACUGUCCGUGCUAUUCGUGACGGACAUACCGCCGAAGUACAGGAAAAUUUACCUGCUGUCUUACGUGCAGAUUCUGUACUGGAUAAGGAGAUCCAGCCCAAAGAUGCCAAGAUGUGUGCGCUCAAAGAUGCGAAGACCGUGCUACUUACUGGUGUCACCGGCUUCUUGGGUGCUUUCCUUCUCAGAGAUCUACUCGAGAGCACGUCGGCUCAGAUCGUAUGCAUGGUCCGGUUUGCCGAUUCCUCACAAGACGAUAUACCUGCCGGUAUUGCUAGGAUACGCAGGAACCUGCUGGACUUUGGUCUGUGGAGCGAUAACAUCAUGGAGCGUGUCGAGAUUCUUCCAGGAAACCUGUCGCGUAAGCGAUUUGGUCUAGCUCCUGACACGUUCAAGACGUUGGCGGAACGCAUUGAUGUAAUAGUCCAUGCGGCUGCCACUGUCAACUUGGUUUAUCCCUACGCUGCAUUGCAGAAACCCAACGUUGGUGGUACAAGAGAGGUUCUUCGUCUUGCUGCUCAAGGCGGUGCCACCGUGCAGUAUAUUUCUACUAACGGAGUGCUCCUUCCUGCCAAAGGUCGUGAAGGGUGGUCAGAAGACGCUAUGCUUGAUGUUGAUGAAGUAACCAAACUCGCCGAUGGUUACGGUCAGACAAAGUGGGUGGCCGAACAGCUUGCUCUGGAGGCUGGUCGAAGAGGUCUUCCCAUCAAGAUCCACCGUCUUGGAACCAUCAGUGGCCACAGCGAGACAGGUGCUGCUAACGCAUGGGAUCUGUUGACCGCCAUGAUUGUUGAGUCAGUCAGAAUCGGCCACUAUCCUGAUGUCAAGGGCUGGCGUGCGGAGAUGACCCCAGUCGACUUCGUCAGCAAGGCCAUAAUGCACCUCAGCAACCAAACCGAGACUGACCAAACCAUUUUCCACAUUGGAGACCCCGAUCCAGUCGAUGUCAGCAAGGUCUUCCAAGAUCUCAACGCGCUAGGUUACCCAACUCAGCCGAUGGAAUUUGAGAAGUGGACCAGUCUUUGGGAUGACAAGCGUGGUUCUGCCAAGGGUGGUGAUGGUGCCUUCACGGUCGAUAUCCUGCGAAGCGGUAUGCCUAGCAUCGAGUUUCUCAGGGAUGUCGUCGUACUCGAUAAUGCGAAGACCAGGCCGCUACGACUUGCAGUAGAGCGCCCGAAGGUGGACCAAGUACUUCUUGAGACUUACACACGGCACUGGUAUGCACGAGGAUGGCUACCAAAGCCUCCUACGCAGCAGGACGCAGCAGGAGGCUCUGCUAAGCUUCCCCGAAGAGGUCCUCUCUUCGGUAAGGUUGCCGUAGUCAUGGGUGCAUCAUCUGGUAUUGGCGCUGCCACCGCCACCGCUCUUGCCCGAGAGGGCUGCCAUGUCGCCCUUGCAGCUCGUCGCAUCGACGCCCUAGAAGAUCUAAAGAAGCGACUCGUCAUCCGCGAAGGCAAGGUCAUUACACAGAAGACCGAUGUUACCGACAAAUCUCAGGUUGAAGCCCUCGUUGCUGCAGCAGAGAGCCAACUUGGACCUGUCGAUAUCUUCGUGAAUGUUUCAGGAGUGAUGUACUUCACCAUGAUGGCCAACACAUACACAGACCAGUGGAACCAAACCGUCGACGUCAACUGCAAAGGUCUCCUCAACGUCAUCUCGUCCAUCGUGCCUUCGAUGCUCAAACGUGGAAAGGGCCACCUCCUUGCCAUCUCCUCGGAUGCUGGACGGAAGGUCUUCCCUGGCCUAGGCGUCUACUCCGCAUCUAAGUUCUUUGUCGAAGCUACACUACAAAGCUUAAGGCUCGAGACUGCUGGUACUGGACUGAGAGUCACUGCCGUGCAGCCAGGAAAUGUGGCAACUGAUCUCUUGGGUAUGAGCACAGACCAAGAGGCGUUGAAGAAGUUUGGAGAGCCAAGCGGAGCAAAGGUUCUGGACCCAGAGAAUGUUGCGGAAUGCAUUGUAUAUGCGCUCAAGCAGCCGGAGCAUGUUUCCGUGAACGAGGUGCUCAUCGAGCCAAGAGACGAGCCCAUCUAG